AUGGCCUUUGCCGAACAGAAGUGCUCAGGGAGGGCCUUCUUCUGCGAGCUAAUGUGUAGGGCAUUCAUGAAACCGCCAAUGCGGAAGGCAACAAAAGCGACAGAGAUGGCACUAGCAGUCGAGACCCCUAUCGUCCCUCCUGAUCACUUCUUUGUGAGCGCAUAUUCGCCCUACAGUCCUCAGCCAGACUCAGACUCGGCCAAGUUUCUCUCCUUCAGUGCUGGCGACCUCAUCAAGGUGACACACACACACAUACACAACACCGCACGCAACACAGACGUGCCAACAAGGUCAAUCCUUCGUCCCUCCUUGUUUUGUGUUGUGUUGUGUUGCGUUGUGUUUGUUGCUUCAUUCAGGUGACAUGGUGGAACAAGACUGGGUGGUGGUGGGGCGAGUGCAAGGACCGCAAGGGCUGGUUCCCGUCCAACUACACGCAGCCGGCGCCCGCGGGUGCAUCAUCGUACUCUCAGGCGGCUGUCGCGGCAGGUGGUCAACCUGUGCAGCCUCCGGCGGCCAAGACGGAGCAGCGGAUAGUCAAGAGCAAGGCUAAGGCCAAGGCGAAAGGUGCGGCGGGUGCAGCGGUGGGCGGCAAGCGGAAGUUUUGGAACGACGCACCCGCCAUCGAGGAGCAACCUGCCGUCCCCGAGCAACAGGUGAGAAAUGGUCGCACGGAUGCAUCUGAUGGCACUCUUGUGUAUGAGGGGUGUGUGUGUGUGUGUGUGUGUGUGUGUAGGGUCCUGGCUCCGAGUAUGCACAGGCGGCAUUCUUCAACAUCUACUCGGGGAGGGCAUCGAACGUCAGCCAAUGCGCAGACACACACACAGACUUCUCAAACAUACUCAUCAUUCAUCUGAGUUGCUCUCCCCGCGCGUGUGUGUGUGUGCAGAAGCCGGCACUGGGCCAGAGCAUGGCGGACAGGGUACGUGAGCCACACACACAAGGGCGGGACUCGGUGAUGCAUGCAUGCAUGUGUUUCUGUGUGUCAUGUGUGAGCAGGCGUGCCGUCAGAUGGGUGCGUAUUUCGACUAUGACAAGUGGAACGAGGAGAGGAACAGACAGGCACGCGCCAAGGAGGCCGCCAAAAGACGAUGAAUGAAUGAGAUGCAUGGCCACCAGGGGCGUAUGCAUGUAUCGACGCACGGCACGGCGGGCCAUUUCUUUUCUCCCGCCGUCUGUCUGUGUCUUUUGGCCAUGAGUGACGCUUUGGCCAGCCGAUGGAUGGAUGUGUGGUACCUACCGUAGCGAUUCGUGUGUGUACAGAGAGAGGAAAGACAACGAACUCACCACAUGGAUGCAUGCGUGAUCUGAACCAACCAUUCCACCC